UCAGUAGAAUCUGAUAAAAUGAACCUGGCUAAUUUUUUAGGUCUUUUGUUUACUACUGUGCAUUGUGGGGACAUUGUCUGCUGUAAACAGGCUCUAAGCAGAACAGUUUAACCAUUGCAGUCAUAAAAAUAGGAGAUGCACUUAGUCUCCAGUGAGAGUUCUUCUCUUACUGCAGAACUGAGGGCAUGAUGCUCCUUCCUGUAGAAACAGGGACAGAAUCCAGGAGAGUAAGGACUAUUCUUCUAUUCUUCCUUGUGAGUAGCAAUCUUCUUUUGACGCAUUCAGUUUAGAACUAGAUGUCAGUCCCAGACUAGAAGUUAACAAGAGCUUGUGCUUAAACUAAAAAGAGGAACUUCAUAUUUUCAGCUCCAUUCUUAUGUUCUGGCUAGAGCUAACUGAUCUUUGUGUCUGUAGGAUGCCACUGAGGAGCAAAGGACCAAGCAGACACAGUGUAUUUGGCUUGCACCUGUAGAGAAAACCAUCUUCAGAAAACAGAUAAGACUUUAAAGAAUAAAGAAUCCAUUCCUAGUCUCUCUAAUCUCCAAAAUAAUGAUUCUGAGGUUGGAAGCUGGCAGAAAGCAUUAUGGGGGAACUAAGGGAUGAAGAAGGCAGCUCUUAGGAGUGUUAGGAGGAGAAAGACAAGGCCUUAUGUUAUCCUGGGUUUUCAGCUGCAAAUCAGAACUCACCCAGCAGUCAGAGGUUUUUAAAAGAGUAAGAUGUACACAUGCACCUGUGUGUUUGUGUACCUGCACACACACACUACGGAGAGGAGAUAGUUGAGACUUGGCAGGUUACAAGGAAGGCUGGAACCAUAGGCUGUCUACUUCUGCAGGAAAAGGAAAUUCUCAACACAUCCACCUCUCCUAGCAGCUUGUAGUACUGCUUGUCUUUCUUCCAGCGUGUUAAAGGUUUCCAUGCAAACAUGGAACUCCAGAGCUGUGCACAUUCCUCCCCACAGCUGCAACCCCCUCUAAAUACACCACUAAUUACCUUUGAAACAUUAGUGGGUUUGGGCAUAAACCUUCCAUGAAGAUACAGUCCAACAAGCUGGUAAGGCCAGUUUGAGCAAACAAGGAAGGAACAAAUAGUGUGUUUGUAUUUAAAACAUGCAGGUACUGCCCAAGCACUGUGUGGGCUACCAGAGAAACACAAGCCAGCAGCCCUUUCAGCCCCUGCCCAGCAGCACCUUCCCUUCCCAAGGUCGUUUCCCUGCCUCAAAGCCCUUGGCCAGGGAGGAGGAUGAAGGGCAGAGGCAGGCUCAGCUCCCCAAAGGGAGCUCCUGGCUGAGGCUCCUGGCUUCUGCUCCCAGGGUCAACACACAUCCUACCAACAGGCUUCAGGGUGAACUCCAGCCUCUGACAAACCUUGGAAGAUGCAGGCAGUACAGUCUUAAAAAAAAAAAAGAAAUGGGCAAAGGAAAGCAAAGCAGCAGCAUUUCUCUGAAACAAGCCUGUUAAUUUUUUAGCUAUAACCUAGAUUUAGCAGUUGAAUUUCAUCCCUUUGUCCUUAAAUGACAGAUCUGUCCCUAUACAGAAGUAAUUCCAGGCCAACUAAUAGUAGGAAGCAUUUGCUGUCCUACCUCCCAUGGCCCCAGCACAGGCAGGAGUCAGAGCAGACCCCAGGAGCCCAAAGGCCUCUGUGCUAUGCACGGGACAGGGACACUGUUAGCCCAAACUGUAAAACUGGUUAUCUGUCUUUCCAUUAAUCAGAGAGCAGAGCUUUUAAAGGUAUUUAUUAACAGAAAAAAUGCAAUCAUUGCUUUCUUGUCACAACAGGUUUUAUUAAUCAUUAGCUACACUAAGUCUUACAGUUUUAUCUUAAAAAUAGAACUCAGUUUGCUGACAAAACCCAUAAAGAACGCUUUCCCUGCAAUCUUCAUGGACAAGUUCUGCAAGAAAGAACAGCUAUGACAAGUUGUUAUUAUUAUUUAAAUUCUGAUGACAUUUUAUCAAGUUUAGAAAUAACUUUUUGGGAAAAAAGUUACAGAAAUUUCUGGUUACCACCAGCUCUAAAGGGUGGUUUCUCACUUCUCUGCAAGACAAAGCCAUUCUAGGAAGAACUGCACCUGAAUCCACAGGAAAUGCACCACAGCCAGAGCCUUGACAGGUAGAUUAUGGAUUGCUGGAAGGGAGCCACAAGCCACAGCUGGAUUUUUCCCACGGUGAUCAUCUGUGCAAAUGGAUUUUUCACCACAAUGAGGCCAUCAGAAUCUUUUCUCACCCCCUAUCUAACAGGACCAGACAAAAACCUAACAACUGAAGAGGUUACCAACCAGAUUCUGCCAGUCUGGACAUACUCCUACCUCGCUCUCCUUUUCCCAGUGUUCCUGCUCACAGACUACGUGCGCUACAAGCCCGUCCUCCUCCUGCAGGGCAUCAGCCUCAUCGUCACGUGGCUGCUGCUGCUCUUUGCACAUGGAGUGGUGGCCAUGCAGCUGGUGGAAUUCUUCUAUGGCAUGGUCACAGCCACCGAGGUGGCCUAUUACGCCUACAUCUACAGCGUGGUCAGCACCCAACACUACCAGAGGGUCACCAGCUACUGCAGGAGCGUCACCCUGGUGGCAGCCACCGUGGCCGCCGUGCUGGGACAGCUGCUGGUGUCCUUAGCACACGUCUCCUACUUCUACCUCAACGCCAUUACCUUGGCCUCCGUGUCCCUGGCAUUCCUGUGCGCGUUCUUCCUGCCCAUGCCCCAGAGGAGCAUGUUCUUCCACAGGAAAGACGCUCCUGAGCCUGUGCCAGGGCCUGGCAAAGGGCCGGCUGUGGGCGCCGCCCGCAGGCCCUCGAGCUGCGCAGAGGAAAGGAGCCCUGAUCCUGCUGCCAGGGCCCCGAGCCCCCAGCCCCGGGCCGGCAAUGCCGGGCCCCACGGGCACAUGCUCAGCGUGCUGCUGCAGCUGGGCAGGGACCUGAGGGAUUGCUACGGCUCCCGCAAGCUCCUCUACUGGUCCCUGUGGUGGGCUCUGGCCACGGCCGGCUUUAACCAGGUGGUGAAUUAUGUCCAGGUGCUGUGGGACUUCCGAGCCCCCUCGCACAGCUCCGCAGUGUACAACGGAGCUGUCGAAGCAAUAGCAACUUUUUUGGGUUCAGCAACAUCCAUGGCAGUUGGAUAUGUCAAAGUAAACUGGGAUCUCUCUGGAGAACUGGCUUUGGCAAUUUUCUCUGCACUGGAUACUGGUUCUCUGCUUCUUAUGCACUUCACUGACAACAUCUGGGCAUGUUAUGCUGGUUAUCUUGCAUUUAAAGCUUGCUAUAUGCUCCUUAUAACAAUAGCAACGUUUCAGAUUGCUGUCAACCUCAGCAUGGAGCGUUAUGCUUUGAUGUUUGGCUUCAACAACUUUGUUGCACUGGUGAUUCAGACGAUUUUAACAGUUGUUGUAGUAGAUUCAAGAGGUCUGGGACUGGAUAUCAGCACUCAGUUUCUCAUUUAUGGCAGCUACUUCACAGUCAUAACUGGAAUUUUCCUGAUCAGAAGCAUGUACACCAUAAUUUCCAUCAAAUGCAGAAGUACAAGUGUGGCUACUGAAAGCACUGCCCCUUAACAACAGAGACAAAAGCAAUUGUUACAAGCAACAAUGCAGAAGGCUCCAUCAUCUGGACAACAAAUCAGGAGAAAAAUAACGUUCAAUCAGGCAAAACUGGUCCAGGUUGAAACAAGCUGUUUAUGAGCCUACUGCACAGAGAGCUUUGUCAACAGGAUUAUGCAUGUCCUCCAUUUUCUUCACCAGCAGUUUAAUACAAACAUUUCUCAAACAGUCUUUUAAUUCAAAUUUAGUGAUCUGACAUACGAACGUCUAUUAAAGCUCAGUGAGCACGAGGACAUACAAAUGCCUGAACCUCGCACCAGAGGAACUCACAGAACAACCUUGGGACUUUCCCUUCUACUGAGUAUUUAAAUUCAAGGCAACUGAUUUACUGAGAGAAGACCAUCAGAGAUGUCCAGGGAAUCUUCAAGCAGUUGAACCAUACAAUGACCUGUCAGAAAAUUUGUCACAGAGGCCUUUGGAAAACUUAAGACUUUUUCAACUGGACAUCGCAUCUGCCUUACAGAACUCAGGAUGGUCCUGCAAGUGUAGCAUCUUGUUAACUUGUAACAGCUGAUGUUUAGGACUGAAGUCUAAUCUAGGGGGUCUCCAUAUUAAUUUCUGCAUAAGGGCCCUAAAGUUAUCAAGUGAAGUGCUUUGAUGAUAAAGCAUAAAAAUACAGCUUUUAGGCAACUAUGCUAUUUGCAUGACCAAUUGAGGGAAUAACUGCAGAGAUUUCCAUGAUGAAAACAUUUUAAAUCAGGAGUGAAAAAUUCAUUUUGUAAAUAAAGCUAUUUUAAAACCUAAUCAGUGAAACACCUAUGGUGUCAGUUUAUGCUCAAUAUACAGAAGACUCGAAACAAUACAAGAUCUUCAGCUUAUCUGGAAUUUGACAAAGCUAAAAUCCGUGAACACAGACUAAAGAGGUGUGCUUGUGUAUAGUUAAAAGUUGCAAACCUUUUAUCAGCAGUUAAUUUGGUUAUGAAAAAUAAAGUAUUCCACUACUACAGCAUAUUCUAAACUACAUGCCGUGCAUACUUCAAUCAGUUUCAGUAUCUCAGCAAUAAUAUUUGGAUUAAAACAAUCUCUAUAGAUGCUGAUCUCAUUAGUCCUUGCCCAAAGCCUAAUUUACACCACUGUAAGUGAAGAGGGCACAGAAUUGUUGCUCUUUCAUAACACUCAUCUCAUUGACAAGACAUCUCUUUGAUUUGGUCCAGUUCUCUGCACUAAGCAUUUUUAAGUAUUCCACAAGCCCUGCAGUCCCCCAUUCUCAACUGCAUUUAUCUCUUACUAUCCAAAACAGCCAAGGUUGGGGAACAGGGAGAGUUAUAACUAUUUACACUGUGCUAAAAUACAGUGAUGAAUAGGAGUGUCACUAAUACCCUGCAAACCUCCAGUUGCUGGGGAUUUCUUCAGUGAAUUCCCCCGAGAAUGCUGGGAACUGAACACCACACUCUGUUGGAGCAGUCUCCAUCAGAAACAAGAGAGCCUUCAAGCCUGUUUUAAAUAUACCAGCAGGACAAAACCAGACAUUUAAGUACGGAAAACUUGCAGCAUGUUUUAUGAGCUGCUUGUCUCCUCCUUGGUAUCUCCAAAGUUUAAAAAACAAAAACAAACAAAAAGAAAUUACAGCCCCCAUAGGCAGGCAACAAAAGUCAAAAGCAUUAGCACAAAUGUUUUUACAAGCAGAGGGCAAACCUUUCAGAUGCCCUAGAAAAACCUAUCUGACAUUCAGGCAGUCAAUUACAAGGGAAAUGAUUUACCUUGAAGAAUUUUCGUGUUUAUCGCAAAUGGACGCUUGUGUCCUUUUUAAAAAAAGUCAGUCUCACCUUAUUUAUUCCUGUUAUCCUGAAAGCUGUUAGAAUUUUAUUCUCCAGCUGGUCAGAAACCUUUAAGCUUGCAGUUUAUGUAUUCACAAUAUACUGGCAUUGUUUGUUAAAUUCCAGUAUUACAUUUGAACUGUACCUAAAUUCAUCUCUGUUUAAAACACCAACUACUUUGAUGCAGUUAUAUUUUUCUUGAACCUUAUCACUGUUACAGAGGAAGACAAGCCAGACAUUUUUUCCCUCUACAAAUUUCACUGUAGUAUGGCAGGAAAUAUUUCUGUAAAUUAAAAAAAAAAUUAAUAUUCCACAGGAGCUCUUACUGAUAUGUAUCAGUUUUUAAUAAAGAGAGGGCUAUUACACCUGUGGUCCUUUGGCCUGCUGUUACACACUCUGUUCAGACCACAACUAAGGCUUGUUCAGAGCCUGUCAUUAGUUACCCAUAAUAAGGUGUCUUUUGCUGCAAACCUUCUCUCCAAUAACUACCCUUCACAGUGCUUCCAGUGUCCUUCAUGACAUACUGUAUCCAAACAAUCCAAACCUCACCUAACACUCUCCUGUGUGACAGGUCAUUUCACCUGAGCUAGAACAGCGAGCUUCACCACAAGGACAAAAAGAAACACAUCCAAAUGAGGCAUGUGAAAAUUUUAAGCUUAGCUCACCUUUAAACACAUUGCUUUGGACACCUCAUAUGGACACACACUGUGAUGUACACAGUGUGUACAUUUUCAUCCAGUAAAUGUUACUGCACAGAAAUAAUGCUACACAGGGUUUUUUUUCUAAUAUUUAUUUUUUCACCUGCAAACUGUAGCAAAACAUGAUCAGCUUUAUUAUGCAGACAGGUAUCCCUCUAACAUUAGAGAUUUAGGCAUGUAUAAAUAGAAGAGCUCUUAGGAAAGGAAAACAUUUUGAGAAAUGAACAAACCUUCAAUUUAACUUCGUGACUUCCAAUACCAAUGGUUAAAAUGAUGCAGCUCAUUCAUUCCAAGAGAUACAACAGCACCUUAAAGUGGCUGAUCUAUUCCCCAGUAACAUUUUUCACAUAACAAUGUGUUAAAGUUACAAAUACUGAUAUGCACAAAUAGCUAUUUUCUAAGAAAAAUAUGUACAGUACUGCAGCAUAAUGAGUGUGGUAUCUGCAAUAACUUAUUAGCCAAUUUUAAUACACAUGAUACCGCUACUUUUUACCUGCCACUUCACAGGUUCAAGGAUGUUACCACAGCCCUCUGUUUUGCACGUUAUUACCUGGUGGGGGGUUGGUUUUCUUGUUUUUUGUGUCGGGUGGUUUUUUUUUUUCUUUCUGAAACUUUUUAAAGGUA